AUGAUUGACAUUGCUUUGAAAACAGCCGAAGCAGGUUAUUUAACUCGACGCUUGGUAGAAUCUACCCAAAAUCUGGCCAUUAUUUCCUCCGAUUGUGGAACAAGUACUAGUGUACUCUUUGUGGAGAAUGAUUUGCCACUUAUCAAAAGAGUUUAUGGUCGCUAUUUAGCUCAAGAUAUUUCCGGUAAAAAAGGGGAGAUUAUUUUAACUCACAAUACUCUUUUGUUAGAAAAAGAAAUAAAGAUUAUUCAAGAAAAUAAAAUUACGGAGAUUUGGGCUUUUUCUCCACUGAAUUGCCAACUAGUGGAAGGCAUUUGCCAGAAAUGUUAUGGCUUAGAUUUAAGUAAACCUGGUGAGACAGUGGCAAUGGGGACAGCGGUCGGAGUAAUUGCUGCCCAAUCGUUAGGAGAACCAGGAACACAAUUGACCAUGAGAACUUUCCAUAGGGGGGGAAUAACCGGCGACGAAGAUAUUACCCAAGGUCUACCAAAAGUCAAACAAAUAUUUGAUAAUGUUAAGCCGAAUAAAGAAGAAAAAUCUAUUUUGGCCAAGGCUAAUGGAAAAAUAAUAAGCAUUGAAGAAAAAAUAAUCAAACAAAAAAGCGACGAGGGCAAAGAAAUUAUUUAUCCCCUUGGCAAGAAAAAGAAGGUUAGGAUUAACCUGGGAGAUAUGGUAAAAAAAGGCGAAAAACUUACUGGUGGGAAGAUAGAUUUAGAAGAAUAUUUAGAAAUUGUGGGACGAGAUAAAUGUCAAGAAUAUAUCAAAGAAGAAGUAAGGAAGGUAUAUGAUGAUCAAGGAAUAGAUAUUAACGAAAAGCAUAUUGAAAUAUUUGCUCGCCAAAUGCUUUCCAAAACGGAAAUAAUAGACAGUGGAGGCAGCGAUUAUUUAACCAGCGAGAUAGUAAAUUAUCAGCAAUUAGUCAAAGUUAACAAGUCGUUAAUAGACAACAAAAACCCCCCAAUUUCCUUUAAAACUAUUGUUUCUAGUCUGAAAGAUUUAGCGUCUUAUCCAGAUUCUUUCUUGGCUGGUAUUUCUUUCCAAAAUACUUUAAAAAGUUUGGUUAAUUACUCUUUGUAUCAACCAGUCGAUUAUUUGCGGGGAUGUAAAGAAAAUUUAAUUGCUGGGCAGUUGGUACCAGUCGGAUCAGGAUUUAAAGAGCGAGAAAGGUUUCAACGAAAAACUACUCGAAAGGAAUAA